AUGUUGGUAUAUAAGGACCUGAUUACCGGUGACGAAUUAUGUUCCGACGCCUAUCCUCAACUCCCCCCCUUCGGACAACAAGAUCUGGCGGAAGUUGGUUUUGAAGUUAAGUCCAGUAAGAGGGCGAAGGGCAACGAGGAUUAUGGCAUUUCGCACAACCAGGAAGAUGAAAUUUUUGAUGCGGAUGAUCAAGUUGAAAUUGUCAUCGAUAUCGUUGACAGCUUCAGACUACAAGAAACUCCACUCACUAAAAAGGAAUAUGAGUCGUACAUCAAAAAGUACAUGAAAAAAAUCACCUCGAUGCUCACUGAGAGCAAGCCAGACAGAGUGGAUACUUUCAAGAAGCAUGUUACGACCUUCGUGAAACACAUAUUGUCAAAUUUUGACGAAUUCAACUUCUACAUAGGGGAAUCAAUGGAGCUAGAGGGAGGGCUAGUGUAUUCCUACUACCAUGGUGAGGAGCUGUCUCCCCGCUUCGUAUACCUAAUAGAUGGACUCAAGGAAGAUAGAUAUUAG